AGCCGCGGCCCCGCGGAGCCGCCCGAUGCCCCCGUUCCAGUGGUGCCACGGGUGCUCCUGCAGCCCGGGGCUGAUUCAUCCCAGUAAACCCUGCACGAUGCCGCCCGUCACCUUCCAGGACCUGCCCCUCAACAUCUACAUGGCCAUUUUCGGCACCGGCGUCUUCAUCUUCGUGCUCAGCCUCAUCUUCUGCUGCUGCUUCGUCGGCAAGCUGCGGCACCAGGCGCAGAGCGAGCGCUUCGGGUACAAGGAGGUGGUGCUGAAAGGCGAUGCCCGCAGGCUGAACGAGCACGGGCAGACCUGCGCCGUCUGCCUGGAGGAUUUUCGGCUGCAGGAGGAGCUGGGGGUGCUGCCGUGCCAGCACGCCUUCCACAGAAAGUGCCUGCUGAAGUGGCUGGAGGUGCGCUGCGUGUGCCCCAUGUGCAACGAGCCCACGGCGGGGCCGGGGCAGCCCCGCGCCGCCACCGGGACCCUCCUGGACGAGCUGGUGUGAGGCAGCCCCAGUGGAUCCCGCGGGAUCCACCGCGCCCGCUGGAGGGAUCCGGGCUUCCCCGCUUGGGAUUCUCACCCCCGAGGCCGCGGUCGGGAUUUGUCGUGGAGCCGGGAUUCCCUGCGGGAAGAGGAGCCCCGGGCUGCGGGUGGGGGGUCCCGUCCUGCCCCCCCCCCCCCGCGCCCCUUUUUUUUUUUUUUUUUGCACGGAGUUAUUUUUGUAGCCGAGCCCCUCAGGAUCCCCGCGGGGCAGAGGGGUUGUACAGUUUUGUGUGUUUAAA